AUGUGUCCAAUACCCGACGAUCUGGUACCUUUGCUUGAUGUAAGCCCUGUUGAGGUUCGAAAUCUCCCUGCAAAGAAUGUACCAGUCGACCUCGCGGAUGAACCCUGGACUGUUGCUCACGAUCGCGUCACUUUCCAAGUCAAGACGCCGGGCGUCAAACUCGUCGUCCUCCUCGGAAAUGGCUCUUUCCUGGUAGAGAACGACGAGUGUGCACUGUGGUUCACCGAAAACGUAGAGUUGUUUGACGGUCCCACAGAUGACUGCGAGGAUAUGCUGUUGGUACGUUUGUUCAUCUUGGACCGCAUAAACUGCUCUUCCCAUUUGAACAACUCGUACAUCAGCUUCAGCUGCGUGACAUCUCUCGAUGAAGUCCAGCGCAUCAUUCAAGGUGGGAGUCAAUGUUCCAAUACCAUCGUCGUUAAUGUUGCUGAUCUGCAUCACCUCCUCCACAGUACAGGAAACCCUACCGAUCUUCUGGCCAGAAGCGAUCUUGAAAAUUUCACACCCGCUAUCGGUAGUGCCUGUCGUGUAUUCAAGGUCAGUCAGCCAUGGGAUCUGUUCUCCAACACUCACCACGUAGUUGAUACCUAA